AUGUCACAGGUGAUGUCCAGCCCUCUGCUUGCAGGAGGCCCCGCAGUCGGCUUGGCUCCCUGUGAGGAACCCAGGAGGGUCCUGCACCCGGCCCCCAGCCCCAGCCUGCCGCCGCAGUGUCCCUACUAUACCACGGAAGGCUGGGGAGCGCAGGCCCUGAUGGCCCCCAUGCCCUGCAAGGGGCCCCCUGGCAGGCUCCAGCCAACCCCACAGGCUGGAGCCAAUGCCAGCUGCCUCCUGCAGGCCCCGGGGGAGCAGGUCUCAGGGGCUCGGGAGGACCUUGCCUCCUACAUCGACUUCUCACUGGAGAGCCUCAACCAGAUGAUUCUGGAGUUGGACCCCACCUUCCAGCUGCUCCCUCCAGGGCCUGGUGGCCCCGAGGCCCAGCCCACCCAGAGCACUACCUUGAAGAAGAAGAAAGAAGAGCCUGAAGUUUUGGAUAUAAAGUACAUCGAGGUGACCUCCACCAGGCCAAGGUGCCACGAUGGCCCACGGAGCUGCUGCAGCCCAUCUGUCACCCCACCCUUUGGCUCCCCGUGCGCUGGCGGCCUCCUCCUUUCCAGAGACCUCCCCCGAGAGACCCGAAGCAGCAGCGAGAGCCUCAUCUUCUCCGGGAGCCAGGGCAGGGGGCACCAGCGCCCCGCUCCCCCCUCGGCAUCUUCCUCCUCUCCCCCCCCAGCAUCUCCCAGCAUCUCCAUUCCUGGCAUGGGGAGUAAGACCUCAGGCCCCCAUGGCUUGGGCUCCCCACUGGUGGCUUCCCCAAGCUUGGAGAAGGGGCUGGGGGGCCAGGGCCCACAGCUGGGCAGCAGGAUCUCCAUGCUCUCAGGCAGCCCAGCGUCUGAUGUCAGCUAUGUGUUUGGAAGCAGCCAGUCCCUCCUCCACUCCAGCAUCUCCAGCCAUCAGUCAUCUUCUAGAUCCUUGGAAAGCCCCAGCAGCUCUUCCUCCAGCCUCCACAGCCUUGGUCCAGUGUCCCCGUAUAUGAGAGCCUGUGACCUCCAGGUCCCCAGCAACGCCACCCCAAGCAUGGGCCAGCCCAGAGCAACCCGCUCCCCACCUCUGGCCAAGGAACAAGCCAGCAGCUGCCCGCCAUCUAUCACUAACUCCAUGGUGGACAUACCCAUCGUGCUCAUCAACGGUUUCCCAGAGCCAGGAUCUCCCCCAUCCCAGAGGACCCCAGGACCCCAGGACUUUGUUCGCCCUGGGGCUACUUCCUCCAGCACACCCUGUCCAGCCCCCAGGAGCCACAGCCAGACCCUCCCAGAAGCCCCUCCCACCACAUCCCCGGAGGGUCCUGCCAGGGACAUGCAGCCCACCAUGAAGUUUGUGAUGGACACAUCUAAAUACUGGUUUAAGCCAAGCAUCUCCCGAGAACAAGCCAUCGAGCUGCUGAGGAAGGAGGAGCCGGGGGCUUUCAUCGUGCGGGAUAGUUCUUCAUACCGGGGCUCCUUCGGCCUUGCCCUGAAGGUGCAGGAGGCCCCCACACCUGCCCAGAGCCGACCAGGCGAGGACAGCAGUGACCUCAUUCGCCACUUCCUCAUCGAGUCUUCCGCCAAAGGGGUGCAUCUCAAAGGAGCAGACGAGGAGCCCUACUUCGGGAGCCUCUCUGCCUUCGUGUGCCAGCACUCCAUCAUGGCCCUGGCCCUGCCCUGCAAACUCAUCAUCCCGCAGAAAGAAUUGGGAGGUGGAGACGGGGCCUCGGACCCCUCUGCAGAUGGCCGGGCCUCCUGUCUGAAGAAAUCUGCGGGUUGCCAUGCCCUGUAUCUGAGCUCUGUGAGCGUGGAGACCCUGAGCGGAGCCCUGGCCGUGGAGAAGGCCAUCUCAGCCACCUUGGAGAGGGAUGUCCUCCCCACGCCCACCGUGGUCCACUUCAAAGUCACCGAGCAGGGCAUCACCCUGACCGACGUCCAGAGGAAGGUGUUUUUCCGGCGCCAUUACCCCCUCGCCACCCUCCGAUUCUGCGGCAUGGAUCCCGAGCAACGGAAGUGGCAGAAAUACUGCAAGCCCUCUCGGAUCUUUGGGUUUGUGGCCAAGAGCCAGACCGAGUCCCAGGAGAAUGUGUGCCACCUCUUUGCGGAGUAUGACACGCUCCAGCCGGCCUCGCAGGUCAUCAGUCUGGUGGGUGCUCUGCUACAGGACCCGGAAAGGAUGUAG